ACAAAUUCUGUACAUUUAAUUAUAUUUGGUUUACAAUAUCUAUAAUUAUAGAUAUCUUCAAAAAUUUCAUUACUUUUUGUUUAUAUAAACAAAAAGUAAUGAUCUCAGAAUAAGUUUCUUGUAUUUACCCGGAAUUAACAAAUAGGGUUUCCGACAUAAAUCCAGUGCUGGAUUAAAGAUGGGGGGAAGGGCUGGGGCUAUAGCCCCAGGCCCCGCAAAUUUAAGGGCCCCCAAAAAAUUUUGAGGACCUUCUUUUUUUUAGUCAUUUUUAGAUUCUGGCCCAUAAAAAAGCCUCCAAAAAUAAAAAUAGCCCCGGGCCCCAAGAAGUCUUAAUCCGCCACUUCAUAAAUCGCAGAAGUGUAACUUAAGAAGUAAUAAGAGAAGCCUCUCAAUAAAUGGGUGUGUGGUAUUGUUUUAACGUCCAAUAAUAAUUGUGAUUGUGUAAUAGACCUUUUAACGAUUUCAUUUUUCAAUUCGGCAUCAAAAGAAAGACGAGUUAACAAGUCUGCUUGCUUAUAAUAUUGAAACAUUGUGAAUUUUGAAUAGUUGUUUUUAUAAUAUUUAAAGAGACUUUGUAGAAACAUCAAAAUGGAUCAACCAAAAUGGAUCAAAAAAGAUGAAACCACUAUUUUUAGCCAAGCGUUUAAAUUAAAGUUUAGUGAUAGUGUUGGAGUAGAUUGGAGAACUCUUGGGCGUUGGUUAAAUAUUGAAGAAAAUUAUUUAGACAUGAUUGAUCAAGAAAAUAAAAGAAUUAAUGCAAAAGCAUAUUCAAUGUUAACUAAAUGGAUACAAAUGAACCGCAAUCCAACACUUGAUGAGUUUAAAAAUGCUCUAACGAAAAUGAAUAGAAUGGAUCUAAUAAAAAAAGUAGAUGAACUCACAAAGACUUCAAGUUUACCAGAAAUAUCUUUCGGAUUUUCUGCCAAUAAAGAUUCUUCAAAUCCACUAGAUGUUGCUAGCAGAGUUCAUGUCAAUAAAGAUAUAUCAGAGGUAUGCACAGCACUAAAAAAUUAUUAUCUAAAGUAUUAUGGCAAAAUAAAUGAACUUCAACCACUAUUAAAAACACCUGCUUAUGUUGAUCUAAUACAAAAAUUUGUUGAUCUAUGUAUUGUUGAUGCACAUAAUCUUCAAAUGGAUGUUGUUUGUAGCGUUGAACGAAAGCAAUUUCUUGAAAAGCAAAUGAGUUAUACACCAAUACCAUAUAGUGAAAUAUUUAUGAACGAAAAAUCAGUAAUAUUAAUAUCUGGAAUAGCUGGUAUUGGAAAAACAUGGUUGCUCAGAAAGUGUUUGCUCGAUUGGUCGAAUAAUUUAAUUUGGAAUAAUGUUGAACUUGUGUUUUAUUUGGAAUGCAGGAGGCUUAAUCAAUAUCAAAAUGUUUCGAAUAUUAAUGAAUUACUAAAUGUUUUCUACAAACAUAUUUUAAAUGAUUUUGAUAUUAGUAAGCAUACUACAUUGUUUAUAAUUGAUGGAUUAGAUGAAUUUAAAUAUUUAAAUGAAUUAUUAAAUCCAAAUUUAAGUUGUAACUUUCCGAUUGUUAAUGCUUUAGCAGAAAUUCAAAGUUAUAAACAUGUAGUUGCUGGUAGAGUUUAUGCAAUUGAUAAAUGCCAAAAUAUAUAUACAGAGCAUAUUGAUAAGUUAACCAUUCAAAUAAUGGGGUUUAACCAAGAUGGUGUUGAAAAUUAUGUAGAAAAUCAUGUUAUAGAAGAAAAAAAAGAAGUUGUUAAAGCAACUUUAAAGGAGUCUCCAAUUGCAAAAGUUAUGGCAACUGUUCCGUUUUAUUUAUCUUCCAUGUGUAAAAUUAUUAGUGAUUCAAGCAAAAUAUAUACAACUUCUUUCUUAACGAUGACAGAAUUGUAUGCAAAUAUUUUUUUAUACUUUUUGCAACAACACAUUAUAAAAAACAAUGGAUUGGUUUAUGAAAUGAUGGCAAAUGAAAAUAAUAAAAAAUAUGUAUUAACCAUUUGUAGGAUAGCUUUUGAAUUGUUUAUUGAAAACAAAUUUGUGUUUUCAAAAGAAGAAGUUUUACUAUUUAUCAAUAACUUUAAUGAAGUUGAUGAAAGUCUUUUUGGUUUUAUUGAAAGGGUUGAAACACAUCUAGGUUAUUUUUACCAAUUCGCACAUUUGACUGUAAUGGAGUUUUGUGCAUCUGUAUAUGCAUACAAUUGUUUAAGCUUUGAAGAGAUUAUGGCCAAUAAAAAGCUGGAGAGUUGUUUAUCAAUGAUUUGUGGAUUAAGCAAUAACAACCAAAAUAUUAUAUUAAAGUUUCUUGUUAACCUGAAUCCUUCUAAAAAAUCAAAAGAGGAGUCUUCACUUUUGGUUUCUAUUUUGGAUCGUCUAUCUAAAAGUAUUAAAGUUUUUGAUGAUUUCAAUUUUUUCUACGAAUGUUUUUACGAAAGUCAAUCGUCAUUCACUGAUGAAAUAAAAUCAAUUGUUGAUGAACAAAAUGAACUGAAUGACGGUUGGAAGAUUUCGAUUGACGAUGGAAAAACUUCUUACGCAACUUCUUGCGAGAAUUAUUUCGUAAAUUAUUACAUAAAAUCUGGAAGAAAGUUAAAGUGGUUAAUUGUUGAUAAAAAUAUUUUAAGUGAUGAAGAAAAAAAUCUUUUAAUUCGAUGUUCAACUAAUGUUCGCAAUGUCUGGUUUUGUCGUCCAAUUAAUUUCGAAGGAUGGAAACCGAAAGAUAAGAUUGAAUGGUUGGCGAUAUGGAUCUUAGAUUAUUAUUUAAUAACAAAAAAAGAUUUUGAAGAAAAUUUUCUUCCUUGGAUUAAUCUUUGUGAAGAAUUAAAUCUUCUACUUCACGACGACAUUGAUUUCAUUAAAGACAUUUGUGAAUGGAUUCGUUGUUCGAACAUCAAGAAGUUUGUGAUCUUGUACCGUGGAAAAUAUUUUCGUAACGUCGAUGAAUUAACUUUAUAACGCGGGAAAAUGUUUAAUAUUUUAAAUAUAUAAA